CGGUUUUGUUUCUCACUGUAUUUGAUUGUACCUUUUCUUUGUUUCACGUCCCGGCAAGUUUGCGUCUUACCGCCCACCCGGUGUCUCACGGGUCCUGCCGGCCUUCAUCCCGUCUGUCAAGUUCGUCCUGCGUCCUUCAAUGCCAUUCUCCGAUUCGUCCCCCUUGGACCCCUUCCCCAUUGAUUAUCAGUCGAUGGCAUUCCAGGCGCCUUACACAAGCGCGCCGUAUGUGGCAGCCGUGCCAUCACCCGCGACACCUCAGCCGCAACUUCCAGCUAACUAUAUGAUGUCUGCUUCUAUGCCCCAUUAUCCAAUGAAUGCUGCCAUGUCCCAGCAGCAGCCAAUGAUGCAACGUAUACAUCCUUCGCAACAGAAUGCUGCCAACAUGUCCGCAUCCACACCCCAGCGCUCCUUCAACCCUGCCUCUCAGGGCACCCCAAACAACGCGAUGCCCUCCCAGCAGCCAGGUACUUAUUCUACUGCCCAAGGCCAAGGAGGCUCUGCGAAUCAGACACCAACCACCACCCAGCCUCAAAGUGGCUCGGCCGUAGGCACACCCCAAACACCUACAUUCCCUUCCACCGGAGGACAAGGUCAGGUCAAUGGGACGCCGAUACACUCGGCCCCUCAAAGUCCAGCUACGAGAUCGCGUGAAACGGAAAGGUUCGCCGUAUUAUUGGAAAUCAAUCAUGAGCUCCUGUACGAACUAGCCUGUCUCCACAUUAGCCGGCAAGAGAUUAAGAGAGAAAAGGAGUCGGCUGGUGAAUCGGGUGAGCAGCAGCAGAAUGGUGGUAUGAGCCUCUCCGAGGAGGAGAAAUUGACAGAGCAGGAUUAUCAACAAUGCUUGGUCAGGGCCAGAACCAAUAUGGGUUUCAUGGGCUCGCUGUCACAGCCGGGCAAACAACCCAAUGUACACCCGUAUCCAGCAUAUCUGACGCCCCCACCCCUACACUUGAAUCUCAGGAUAAGAGUAGCACAGAACACGUCUGCUGAGGACAGCGCGGGCGACGCGCCACCAGACCCGAACACUGAUCGCGCAGAAAGACAUAAAAUCAUGGUGGAUCUCUACAAGAAGCUCCAAUCCCUUUACCCAGGCGUUGAUUAUAAAAAUGAGCCCCUCUGGAGGACGGGCGUGAACCCUACAACAGGACCAUCGGGUCUUCCCGGACCUGGGUCAAUGCCAGGAGGUACUCCUGAUCAGAUGUCACAGCAACAGCAGCAGCAGCAGCAGCAAAGCCAGCAACAGCAAGGCCAGCAGCAAAAUUCACAGCAGCAACCUGGACAACAGCAACAGCAGCCCGGGCAACAAUUAAGUCAUCAGCAAAUGAUGAUGCUGAAGCAGCAACAAUACCGCGAGCAAAUGCAACAAAAGCAGCUACAAAUCCAGCAGCAAAUCCAACAGCAGCAGCAGCAGCAGCAGAAUGGCCAGCUAGCUGGUGGUCGUGUAGGGUCGAACCACGGAAGUCCGGCUCCAAGCGGACAGCUGCUACAACAGGGCAUGAAGACGCCGCAGAUGACGCCGCAGAUGUCCAACGCCAUCCCCCCCGGGAUGGUGACACAACAUCAGCAGCAACAGCAGCUUCAAGGUCAGCAAAGCCAACAGGAUACGCAGCAAUCGCAGCCCGGCACAUCGGGACCGCCAUGAGAACUUUGCUAGAAGUCAUCCCCCUUGGUUGUCAUGAAAGUGAAGGAAAAGAAGCAGAGACACGUCAUAUCAAGCUUGUAUAACGGCGGGCUUUUAGGAGUUUUUGGGUGGGUGGUUGCUA